UAUUUGUUUGCAAGUGGUGUUUCCAUCGUGUGCAUGUAUAUUCCGUAAACUUGCGAUUACGAAGUAUAAUUAUGAAAAAGUUGCAAAAGUUUUCACCAAUAUUGCACGUGUGAUUAAAAAUUGUGUUAAAAAUGUAAUAUUAACGCAGGAGAAGACGCAUUUAAGAACAUAACCUUACUUCUGGUAAAACAUACAAUGAUGAAUUCACCAGGAUCUCAAGCCUUAGAGGCAGCCAAAAAUAUGACAGACUUGGCUGUAUUUAAAAAACCAAUAGGUGUUGCCAAAAGGUAUAAAAAAAUGCAGCCAAAAAUCUUAGACGAAGACGCAUACAUAAAAAAAAUGGGUGAAAUCAUUCAAAGGGAUUUUUUCCCUCAUUUGGAUAAACUUCAAGCACAGAAUCAAUAUCUAGACGCAUUAGAACAAAACGAUUUGAAAAGGAUGAGGGAACUUUAUGAAAAGUACAGUUCUGGACGACCUUUAACAGAAAGACCUGCUAGUCCAGCAACAUUUGAGACACCUAUGAAUAAAACAGAAUCAGAAGAUGAACAGUUCAAAUCAUCAAAAACAACAAAAGGCACAUCUGCUAAUACAAGUGCAAAACAGAAAGAUAAGGCAGAAACUAAAACUGGAUUGGACUCGUACUUGAGCAUGCACACGAGCGAAGAUAAUGCCAGUUUUGAAGAAAUGAUGGUGGAGGCAGAAAAGAGGCUCAAGCUGAAAUAUGCUUGGCUCUAUGAAGCCGAAGAAAAGUCAUUGGCAUUGACCAAUGACAAAAGUUCAGAUACCUUAUCUAUAGAGAAUGGAGAUGAGAAGCCUAAUCGAUUGGACAGUUGGAGUUACAAGAAUAAAAAUUACAUUAUGUAUGUUCCUGAUGGAGUGGAAUUAACUCCGGAUGAAAGGAUAGACCUAGCUAAGAAGAAACAAGUAGUAAUACAUGAAAAUACAAGGCUCAGGACAAAUCCAUUCAACGAGCAGCAGAAUAAGGAAACCAUUAAUGAAUUGGCGAAAAACCAGUCAAAGGCUAAUGAUGGAAAGAUCGGCGUCGACGGCAAAGAAAUCGUUAGAAAUCCAACUCCCAGAGUAAAUGGAUUUAGUUUUGUAGCAACUCCGAGUCCAAGACCUGGCGAAUGCGAGAGUCCUCUGAUGACCUGGGGUCAGAUCGAAGGUACGCCGUUUAGAUUAGAUGGCGGAGACACUCCUUUAUUAAGGACAAGUCAAGGGCCGUCGUUUCGAAUGGCGGAACCUCCGAAACGGGAACAGUUGGCAUUACAGUUGGCAGAAAAAGCUGGCGAACGGCACAGAGAUAGAAAAACUAAAGCCUUGCAAGCAGCUAGAAAAUCAUUGGCAACACCAUCACCAAGAUCGACUAUAGAUCGUCUGAGUACCAUGUCUCCAGCAGCUAGAAGAUUAGCUACACAAAAACUCCGUAUAGCAAGUACACCGACUCCGCGGAGGGCACCAUCUUCAAGAACACCGUUGAUAGGUAUUAGAACACCGAGUACUCCGCGUAUAAAUACACCCUCGAAAUCUGAAAAUCAUAUUGAAUCUGAAAAUAGUGUCAUGCAAUGCCAAGGUCCUGUUCUCACCGAUAAUCUACUUAAUUUGCCUCUUCAGAGACAAAGAGCGUCGGAUUUCUUUAAUAAGUGAAACACAAAGAUGUAUUAAAUUGUCAUGUCAACACUACUGUAUUAUAUUGUAAAUAUAUUACUAUAUUACUUAACGAAAAAUAUUAACUUAU